CACGAUGGUGAAACUGCACACAAAUGAAUACGGCUUCAAAUUCGAAAAUGGUUUGUGUAUUUAAUGUAAAAUAUUAUCCAUUCUCCGCCUCAAAAGUUUUGAAAGUGGGUGUCCGAUGGCCGGGGCAGGCUGGUGUGGCUGAAUGAAUGAAGACACCGGACGCGGUUUUGUAGCAUCGGGACCGUGUCAGACCAUUUGCGCUCAUGAUUUUGCUACUUUUCUUGCAUUUGGUCUGUAUUCGGACUGCAAAUGCCGACUUCUUCAAUUUUGAUAGCAUUUCUAAUGUUUCCACUUAUUAUUUCAAUUAUUUUUAUUGCAAUAUAUGGGAGGGGGAGUGUCAGCCAAAUCAAGAUGAUGCUACACAGCAAGUGCCAUCCAGGGACCUGUGGGCAAGUUUCCCUCAGGACUACAUCAACCUGCUCCAUCAGUGGUAUUGUAGCUUGGGGCAGUGCUGUGAAUCUGGAGACUGCAGGAUAACUAAUAAUGUCACCGGUUUAUCUAGGGACCUUCAAAGUAAACUCCAUGGACAACAUCUGGCACAGUCAGUGGUUCUUAAAGCCAUCCAAGGAUUUAUCAACAAUCCAGACUCCAACAAGCCACUCACUCUUUCAUUCCAUGGCUGGUCUGGUACAGGCAAGAACUUUGUGGCUAGAAUGAUCGCAGACAACCUGUAUCGGGAUGGGGUGAAGAGUGAGUGUGUCCGACUGUUCAUCGCCCCAUUCCACUUCCCCCAUGCCAGACUCGUGGACACGUACAAGGGCCAACUGCGAGAGGCGAUAAGAGACAUGGUGCUCCGCUGCCCUCAGACUUUGUUUAUCUUUGAUGAGGCAGAGAAACUUCAUCCUGGGUUGAUUGAUGCUAUUAAACCGUUUAUGGAUCAUUAUGACAAUGUGGAUGGUGUGAGCUACCGCAGAGCUAUCUUCCUCUUUCUCAGUAAUAUUGGUGGUGCAGCAAUAAAUGAUGUUGCUCUGGACUUUUGGCAUUCUGGACAAAAUCGAGAAGACAUUGGGAUGGAAGACCUGGAGCACCGGCUUCGAGCUGAAACAAUCGAGUCUGAAGGUGGUUUUGCCCAAAGCGAGCUAAUGUCAGGACAUUUGAUUGACUUCUAUGUGCCAUUCCUUCCUUUGGAGUAUCGCCACGUCAAGCUUUGUGCAAGGGACGCCUUUACAGCUCGAGGCCUUGAAGCCGAUGAAGACACACUGGAUGAAGUUGCUAAAGCCAUGUUAUAUGUACCAAAGGAAGAGAGACUUUUUUCAGCACAAGGUUGCAAAUCUAUACCACAGCGAAUCAACUUUUUCCUACCAUAGAAAAAUACAUGGUAUUAAAAAGCUGGAAGGAGACUUACCUGCUGUCAAAGGAAGGCAUGUCUUCUUGAGUUGAGCAUUAUAUAAUACCUCUAUGGCACAACUGGUGUCUACAAUUCAGGUCCUACUAAGAGUGGAAUACACACAGUAUGUGUGUGAACAAGAUAAACACUUAUAAUGAGUGUAUGCAAAAUAUCCUUUGAGGAGUAGGCCUAGUCAGAAAGAAAGACGGAGCAGAGCGCAGGUUUUGGAAGGAGAAUUUUGGAUUGCUUUUGUAUUGUCACAUUAUUGCUCUUUAUUUUAUUUCUUUGUUCAUUGCUUUUUAAAUUAAAUAUUAUAAUACACAAACCAAUGCAAUUACAUUGUAAUUAUUUAUAUUGUGUGUAAAAUAUUUGUCAUUAUUUAAAGGUUCUAAGGACAUACUGGAAACUUCAUGACCCAAGAUGGGCUUAGAUGCGUUCAACCACUGUCGAUUAUUUUGAUUAUUUUUAUUUUGUUUGGAGACUUUAUUGUCCACAUACGGAACUUUUCUUGUCAUACAGACUACAGCAUGUUACACAGCUUUGUUUUCAGUUGAUAUAUUUGUACCAUGU